CAACCUUCAACUUUGUAACCAAUUCCAAAAGAAAUAUAAAACUAGGAGUUUUUGUGCAUGAGUUAGUGACACUGCAUGUGCUCUGAAAUAUUAUAUAUCAUAGUUUUGGCUUCAUAUGCUAAUUACACAACAGCCACUUAUCAUACUCAAAGUGUGAUACUCCUACCUUUCUUUAUGUAACAGUCUAACCCCCUUCAUCUCUUGUCUUAAUUUAUAGUCACUUUUUUCUCCCCAAAAUCAAAAUACUAAUUAACUUGGUCACUUCUCAUCUCGAUUCAUAUAAAUGGGUGAGGAAGCAAAACAAGAGCCACCCAAGGGUGAGUCUAUGUCAGAGGAAAAUCCAGAAGAUGAGAAGAAAGAAGAGAAACCAGUAGAGGAGAAGAAAGAACCUAAACCACCAUCUCUGUGUGUGUUGUUUGUUGAAUUGCACUGUGUAGGAUGCGCCAAGAAAAUUAAAAGAUCUAUUAUGAAAAUGAGAGGAGUUGAAGGUGUGGUCAUUGAUAUGGCUAAAAACGAAGUGACCAUAAAGGGAAUAGUGGAGCCUCAAGCAAUCUGCAACAUAAUUACGAAAAAAGCAAUGAAAAAAGCCCAAGUUAUAUCUCCAUUGCCAGAAGCAGAAGGAGAACCUAUACCAGAAGUUGUUACUUCUCAGGCUAGUGAACCAGUUACCGUAGAACUUAACGUAAACAUGCAUUGUGUGGCGUGUGCUGAACAGCUCAAGAGAAAGAUACUCAAAAUGAGAGGAGUUCAAAGAACAGUGACAGAGUUUAGCCCGGGGAAGGUUACUGUGACCGGGACCAUGGAUGCAAACAAGCUAGUGGAAUAUGUCUAUAGACGCACCAAAAAGCAAGUCAAAAUAGUUCCCCAGCCAGAACCUGAAAAGAAAGAAGAAAAUAAUGAAUUUGAGAAACCUGUAGCAGAAGAGGCAAAAGCUGAAGAAGAGAAAGAAGAAAACGCAGAGAAGAAGGAAGAGGAGAAACCAGAAGAAGAAGCCGAGAUUGAAGAAGGUGACAUAAAUGAGAAUGAGAAUGAAGAAGAGAAAAGUGUGGAAGAAGAAGCCAAAAAAGAAGUGGGUGGUGGUGAUGAGAAUGGAAUGGUGCUUAAGGUUGAUGAUGAAACUGAAAGCAUGGAGAAGGUGAUGUACUAUAACCAUUACCAACCACUCUAUGUCAUCGAACGAAUCCCUCCCCCUCAGCUAUUCAGUGAUGAAAAUCCUAAUGCAUGCUGCAUUUCAUAAAAACAUCACAUCAUCAACGAAAUUAAGAGGAUAAAGUGAUAAUAAAAAAAUUAAUUCAUCAAUAUAUAUCGUUCAAAAAUUGAUAAUUAAAUAUUAAUGUGUUUGUGAGUCAUGACUUUUACUUAUCAAAUAUUAUUUUAAUAUAAAUAGAAAUUGAAUCCGAAAACAUUUGAUUGA